AUGACUCUGCGUGCUAAUGUCUCCCGCCUCCUCCCUCUUGGCUCAGCAGCAGCAGCUCUGCGGCAGCCUGAGCUUGGCUGCGUCGCGUAUUGCCAGACGGGCUGGACCCACGCCGACACGCCCGUCCCAUCGGGCUCUUUCAGCGCUGUCGGAGCCACUGCCACGGGGUUCAUUACUACUGCCAAACUCGGCGGCGCCAGUUCCAGUGCCUCCAGUGCUUCCAGGGACUGCGGUGGCUCCAGUGGUUGGGGCGACGGGCUUAGCGAUAGGCUUAGCGCACCAGCUGCAGUCUCCCUGCAAAUUCUCCUCCAAGCCCAUUUCCCAGGGUCCAGCACCAGGUCUUGUGCGCUGCCGCCGCUCUGCCCCUCCAUCGUGUCGCUGCUUGACUCAGAGGGCCCCUCCAUUGUCAAAAUCAUCAACAACCUCACCCACGCCAACAUCGCUCAGAAGGUUCACCACAACCACCGCAACCGCCGCAACCACCACCGCCUCGACGGAUAA